GGGGAGGGAAGGGAGAGUUCAGAGGAUGCAAGCUCGGGGUCGUGUAAUUUUUUGAGCUCGCGCUGCCUUCAAACCGCUCACUCUGCCGAGAGUAGCGACGCGCCUCCAGAUGAAGAGAUAAUGGCAUUCUCUCGAAGUGGUACCUCCGAGCUGAAGAAGGUGCCUCCGCCUCCUUCCAAGUACGAUGCGGUGCCUGCCAAGGUCGACUCUCACAAUCCCAAAGCCAAGGUGCCUGUCGUCCCCAAUGCCGUCCUCGCCAAGCGGCGAAACGAGCUCUUCUCGCGCAUCCAGCCGUCCGCUGUCCAUCGGCUGAUCAGCUCACAGGACCAGCGAGCCACCCCCGAGAGCAUCUAUGCGCAGGUCCAAGGCGUCGCUCGCGCCUCAUCGACCGCCACGGCAGCCACGGAGGCCACCACGGUCACAUCAACAGUAGACCGGACCGACAGCGGCAUGCAGGCGCGGCACGAGUCGACUCUCAUCCUGGAUAUGCGCGGCUCAGAGGAGCACGCUAAGGGGCAUAUCAUCGGCGCCGUGUCGUUCCCGAGCACGCGCAUCUCUCAGGACAAGUUCACGGCGGAUUUGAUUCGCUUCAAAGGGGCGCCUGAGGGCAAGAGGAUCAUAUGCUACCAUUCUGACGACAAGAGCUCGGCGCCGCACGCCACUCUGCUGGUGGAGAAGGGAUGGAGCAACGUCAGCAUCAUCUCGGGCGGCAUAGAAGAAGUGGCGCGGCUGUUUCCGUCGUGCAUCGAGGGGAUCGUCGACGUGCCGUCGAGACCUCCCACCGCAGCGUCGACCGUCAGUGGAGCAACGAGGGCCUCCAAGGCCACCAAGCUGAGAUGAGAUGGGUGGGUGGACGGGCGAUGGGAGACAAACUGGCUAGCUGCGGCUCGGGUUGUCGAGUGAGUGAGUAGGUGUGCGGUGCGUGGGCGUGUCGACGUCGGACGCCUCUGUGUGUUGACCGCCUGUGUGGAUUGAUUGCGUUCCAGCUGACUGACUGCGGCAUCAAUCGAUGGGUGCCAUACAUACUACCAAACACAUCACGUGUGUUUGUACAUACAUACGCAGCAAGAAUGAAUGCUAGGCUUUACCUGACUGACCAUUUUCAGUCUGUCGGAUGGAUGGAUGAAUGGAUGAGUGACUGGCUGGUUGUCGUCACUCACUCAGACAGACAGACAGACAGACAGGGGAGACGGCGAGGACAGGCGAGACGUUUUCGAGCGACGCGUGUCAUCGGCUGGCUGAUGGCUGAAUGUGUUCACCAAUCACGAACUGCAUCGGCUCAUCAAGGAACCGCUGGCACGCGGCACUUGUAGACGUGUGUGUGCGUGCGUAUACAGACCGACUUCCAUGAGUGGCUAAACGCGUACACGACACGUGACAAAUGUAUGUAU